AUGCUACUAAGAAACUUGGAUACUAGCCGUGGACUUGUCAACGGAGCACGAGGCAUAGUAGGAAAGAUAAACAGUGAUACUGGUCUUCCUGAAGUUCGAUUUUAUCCCGCAAAAGCGAAUGGAUCUAAUGGCCUCUUACAUGUUGUGCAAAUUGAAAAGUGGACGAUUCGUGGGAUUGAUGCCAAAGAAAUCGCAAGUCGACGUCAAUUACCACUAACUCUGGCUUGGGCAAUAUGCAUCCGUAAAAGUCAGGGGAUAACAUUGGAAUAUGCAGAAUUAGCUCUGUCAAAAGUUCGUAUUUUGCAAUAG